AGUCUCUGAUGCAGAAGGGCGGACGCGCGAGAGGACCUUCGUUAGGUCCGCGAGUGUGGUCUGAUGAGUUCGGCGUCUGUUGCAAAUCACUUGAGUGAGUGAAUGGGCGAGAAUAUGUAUGGGUGUAUGUAUACACAGUAUAUGUGCGUCUGGUAAGUAUGCGCACAGACAGAUAGACAGGUAGUGUAAGUAUGCACACAGACUUGGAUCGAAGAGAGCAAGCAAAGCAGCUAGCUAUCGGGUCAGUCGAAAAACAAUUGAUGGACCAGGGAUGCAGUGAGCCAUCACGAGUCAGUCCACACGACCUUAAACCGCAUCACACAAAGGCCCGCAUGCAGCACGGUUGAAAGAGUCAGCUGCAGGGCACACUCACACUGUGCAGACAGUGGGUGCCGCACUGUGGGUGCAGUGCAUCGGCCUGUCUGAUCGAGACUGUUGGUGUGCGACGCUGCAUGGCGGUCUAUCGAACCAAACAGCCAAGUAACUAACGGCCUAUGGAAAGAACAGCAAAGAGAGAGGUGACGCGAAGAUGUUUGUGUCAGCGUUCGUCAGGCACUCACCGGUCUGUCACUCACCGUGUUCUAUUUCCUUCUCUCCACGCCCACGCGACCCUCGCGGCCAGCUGGCACACGCACCUGACCAAAAGGAAACGGAAAGCCGGGCAUCGAUACACAAAUAUGAUCACAAACACACUAUCACACCAUGCCAUGAACACACCGCCAGUCACUUUGUCUGUGUGCGCCUUCACUGCUUACCCCCUUCUUUACAGCUCGUUCGAUCCACUCCUGCAGCUGGAGCUGCUCGCCGUACGCCACGAUGCCCAGUCGCUUGUCCAUUUCGUCGAGCAUCUUGUCCUCGGCCCUCUCACUCAGCCGACGCAGAGCUCGACCACCCAUCCUGUGCUGCACACCACACAGACACACACAGGGAACCAUCCGUGACGUGGCUCAUCCUGACCUUGCUCUGUCCUUGUCCCCCUGACCUUGCUCAUCGUGGAGGCCAGGCUGCAAAUGAUGCCGUCUGUGUCCGCCAGGAAAGCCCUCUCGACCUCCUGCCACGACAGCUCGUCGAGGGCCCUGACGUCCCACCCGUUGUCCCGAUGACGGCCGCCACCGACAUGGCCCCCCGCACUGGCGGCUGCAGCAGCUGCCGCGGCCUCCAGACGACAAAACGACGUCGAAGGCAAACCUGACCACACAAACCACGGCCAUAGAGACAUGUGCACAUUGACACACCCAGGUACAUACCCGUGCCCCCUCGUAUUACAUUACCUGACGCGCGAGGUUUCUUGGCUUCUGGCUGCUGUGCGGCCAGCCCAUCUCUGUCGGCCUCCCUCUUGCUGCCCCGCUGGCGUUUGUCAGCACCUCCCCGGCAGCCCCUCGGUCGACGACGGCGCCCCUUCCUCGACCGAUGCCAGAAGCCAUCUCGGUCAUCCCCAUCAGGAGCACCAGCAGAACCGGCAGCGGCAGCAUCGGCAGCAGCGGCCACAGCUGACGGGCAUUUGAGUAUCCUCUUGCCCUCUUCGAUCGCUAAGCUGUGUGUCUUGUUGGGUGGCUUGGUCAGGUCGGCCGAGCUCUCCGUCGCGAAUGCGGCGCAGCGUGCUGGCCAGCUCGAGGAAGGACCAUGGGCGGGUCAGCACCGCCUGGAUGUAAAAGACCUGGGGGUCUCCAUCGGUGUUGACCGGCCCCACAGUGACGUUGAAACUGACCCACUCCCGGCGGCCGUCAGGCCUUCUGCGCUCGAAUGUGGCCAUGUCCGCCAGCCCAUCGAACACGUCAUCGUAUGUGGGCGAUGCACGUGUGCACUUCUUGACGUAGGCAUCACGGAGGCUGAUCUCGUGGGGAUCGGUGGGGGGGCGGGGGAAGCGGCCCCGGUUGGCUGAAGGGGGACAAGGGCAUAUUGCUUGGUGAGCUUGGUGAGAGGGGGGAGGUGCCUGCUUGGGGGGUGUGGUACGUGAUGGUCGGUCGGUCUUGGAGCAGGAGCGCUGUCUGUCCUCCUGAACACCUGCACACAAUGACACCGUCCAUAUAUAUAUAUAUAUAUGUGUGUGUGUAUCACUUGGGUGAGUAUCCGUGUGUGUACCAUUGCUGUCAUGCACGUUGUCUCCAUCGUCCUCGUCUAGCUCUCGGUCCUCAUCCUCAUCGCCUAGGAAAAGACGGACGAACAGGGCGAUGCAUUGGAACGCUCAUACGGUGGCGUGCUGUGUGUGUCGUGUGUUGCUCACCGGAGUAGCCGCCAACGCCGCCCAUAUCUGCACACACACACAGAGGGAGCGACGGAGAGCUACCAAGACCGUCAGCACCGAGAGUGUGUGCGUUGCGUACCAUCGUCUUGCCAGUCUUCGUCAACGCCCUUGCCCUUCAUGUCAACGUCUUCCCGCCCGUCCUUGACUAAGGCACCGCCACCGUCACCGCCGCCCUCGUGGCUCGUCCGGCCCGGUGCCGCACUCUGCUGGUGCUGGUGCUGCUGCUCCUGUCGAGGGGGAUCAUCCUGUGGUUCGGUCUUGACGGUGACGACAGGUGGACCACGAACAACUACACGAUGAACAACAUGGAAAACACAGUGCGUGUGCUCUCAGCGAUCCAUUAAUGACCACAGAUGUGCUUCCCUACCGUAAAAAGAUGCCCCUCCGGGCGGGGCGAGACUUGUGGGAGUCAACGUGGCGAGCCCCGGCAGCUUUCGAAUCGCCUUUCUGCUCCAUCACCAGCACACCGGCUCAGGGCGGCCGUCCUCAAGGCAACAGCUGACAGAGAAACGAGGGCUUUUGGUACUCGUCCUUCUGUUCGGGUGGAUCAGCUCAGCAGGCCUGCGUGACGGACGAGAUGCGACUACCUGAAAGUGGAUCUACCGAAAGGAGUGUACUACAGCAGCAACAGCGGCGAAAAAAGAGUUUCCCCUCCUCCGCUGAGCUCGCAGACCCUCGCCGCUGCUAACGGAAUGCGGCUACAUUCAUUGAAGAUGGGUUGAGAGGCACGCAUACGUACGUGUAGAACAUGCUUCAUUUGAAUCGAAUCAUGCACGGUAGAUCUUCAUAGUCACAUGCACUCCAAACAGACAACAGCUGGCAUCACAAAAACCAGCGAAGCCAAGCAGGCAGGCAGGCAGGCAUGCACCUACGCCUGCCUGCCUCUGCCUCUAUCAUCCCUUCUCUCUCUCUCUCUCUCUCUCUUCUCCUCAUCGUUCUCGUCAGUGUCACGCUCUCGUGACUUGUCCUCGGCCCCUUCCUCUCCCCUGUAGUCGUCCUCAGCGAACUCACUCUCCUCCUCCUCCUCGCCGCCACUCUCAACAUCCUCGUAGCUCCCGAAGGCGUCUUCUGCCGGUGGCGGUCUGGGUGGCCGCUCCUUGGGCCUCUCGCCUGUGGUGACCUCCCAGACCUGGUCGAGGGCAUCGCGGAGAUUCAUCACGCCGGCCUCGCUGUCAUCCACAUAUUCCUUGAUCGCAGAAAGCUCCUCGCGCGAGAACAAAGGCAACCUGCACACACUCACACAGGAGGAUGGUUGGCCGCUUUCCUGCCCGUGAAGCUGAUGUGUGUGUGUGUGUACCUCUCGAUGAGGACUUCCUCCAUGCCCUCGAUCAUCUCGACGCUGUCGAGUGACAGCGAGUUGAAGGCGUGGAAGAGCCGGCCCAGCGAUGGCGUGUCGAACUCAUCGGCUAGCAUGACGGCUCGCCGGGCGAUCAGCCGAUAGAGCGGAUGGCUGCGGUACUGAUGCAGGGCGAAAGCAGCCGCCAGACCGGCGAUAGUGGCUGCUUCCACUUGUGUCUUGGUCUCAGGAUGGCUCAGACGGGCGGCCACUUUGCGCGACACACGCCUGCAUACACCACCGACAGAGGCACGAGCACAUUUGCAGUGGCUGAUGGCUGUCUGCCUGUUUGUGUACCUGCACACUGUCCUGUCGAUGUGGUCGACUCUGUCCAGUGCAAAGAGCAGCUGCACGAUGUCAUUGAGACUCAGCUGGUGCAUGACGUUCGGCAAAUGCGAACACAGCGAGCGAAAGGUGUCUGAGUUCACAUAAAUAAACCAAACCACACACAUUCGCCUGUGUGUGUGUGCCUGAGUUGUGGUUCGUACCCAUGGCCUUCUUGGCCCUCCUGCUGAGCAGAUCUGCCAUGGCCACGAGCGACAGGCCGUCGAAACGAGUGAUCCGCAGGGGAAUCAUGGCCGCCAUUUCCUGAAACACACCUGCAGGCAGCUUGCAACAGACAAUCAAUGCAUGCUGACAAUACUAGUCGUUUUCUCAUCCUCCCUCCCUCCCUCCCUCCCUGUCUGCCGGGCUGUCUGUCGACUUGCCUGUGUCCUUGUCGUGCUCAUCGAAUGCUCUGCCGAUGAUAGCCAUGUCGAGUGGCUGCAGCAGGUGCAUCGACAGCUUGGCGCGCUUCGAGAAGAUCUCCCAGAAGGCCCGUUUCUUCUUGGUGCCCACGUCGACCAGCAGCUUCUCCGCCGUCUGCACCAGGUGGCGCACAUCAGCAUUCACCAACACGUUCUGAUAGUCAUGCCUGCACCAACAGAACCCACAAAGAUCUGUGCCAUCAUUCUUUUAUUCAUUCAUUCGGCCUUUCUUCCUGCUGGGCUGACCGGAUAGGUCUGAGUUUGAACCUGAUGCUCCUCUGCGGCCCAUCGCUCGUGGCUGCGCGGACAUCCAGAUGCGACAAGCCUCUCACACAAGACGGCGGCGCAGGGGCACUUCCUGCUGCCAACUGCAACUGGGGAGGAUGCAGCCUGCAGGAGAUGGGCAGCAUUUCUGGGAGGGUGGGAUUGGCUUCAAGCUCGCAAGUGGAAGAGGGACAGCAGGUCGUUGGUCUGUCCGUCUGCCGAGGAUCAGGGGAAGAUCCAGCUGGC